UUGUUGAAAGCACACUGAGCCACUGUACUGUACAGACUGUACAAUACAAUUUUCAGCCCUCUCUGAAACCGAACCAGAAUGCGGAUCGUAACCUUGCUCGCCCUCUGUGCUCUCCUGUGCUGCUCUCAAGGCCAGAUGCAGGAAGAGUGCCUGAACAAGAUUAUCCCACUGCAUAUGAUCAAAGAAAUGAUCAAUGCUUCAAAAUUCAUCCAGGAACCUCUAGAUAGGGACAAUAAACCCUUCCAUCGAAUAUUAGGACAACUUAAAAACUGCUACAAGAAACGGAAACUGAACGUCGCUGACUUAAAACGCAUCCUGGAAAUCUAUGAUGAACAUGUGUUCCAAAAGUUGUGGAAGAAUAAAACUCAUCAGUCGACAAAAAUGUUUAUGGAAUUUUUCAAAAGACUGAAGGGCAAGAUUGAGUUCUGUGAGACUGAAGGCAAACAAACUCUGUCAUCCUGCGCAAGAGAGAAACUUAAAAAAAUUGAGGACACGUUUAUGAUGCCUGAGCCAGGAGUUCAGAUUAAAGCAAUGAGAGAGUUUCACAAUGUUUUGGUCUGGAUCAGUUUAUCCAUGGAUAGAAGGAGAAGAACGCAUAAGAAGAUUCAGUAG